ACACCGCAAUUCGUACCCUCUGCAUAUUUCAUAUCCCAUUGAGCCUCCAAACGAACUUAAUCGUGUAUACCUACUUGAGACUUCAGUCUGCCAGAAUUGUACACGCAGACCUAGUUUUCAUAACAUGACUACUGACUCUGUCGUCUCUCCUCCGAACUCGCCACCAGCCAAAAGAGUCAAGACAGAUAACACCAUCACAAGCACAAUGGCCGACAACAGCACCAACGCCAGCGUUCCCGUCCCCCGGCUCGAGCAGUCUCCGCCGCUGUUAAUCAAGAAGCUGUCUGACAAGGCUCGUCUACCCACUCGCGGCAGCGCCUUUGCCGCAGGCUACGACAUGUACUCUUCGCAGGCGACCACAGUGCCCGCCCGAGGCAAGGUGCUCGUGGACACUGACAUUGCCAUUGCUGUACCAGCUGGAACCUACGGCCGCGUCGCACCCCGCUCCGGUCUCGCCUCUAAGCACUCGAUCCAGACCGGCGCGGGCGUCAUCGACGCCGACUACAGGGGCCAGGUGAAAAUCCUGCUGUUCAACCACAGCGACGUUGACUAUAGCAUCGCCGAGGGCGACCGCAUAGCGCAGCUCGUGAUCGAGCGCAUAUAUACGCCCGAGGUAGUCGAGGUAGCCGAGCUUGAGGAGAGCGUGCGUGGCGCCGGCGGCUUCGGCAGCACGGGCACGAACUAAGAGUCUUCUCCUUUCUCUCUGCCGUACCUCCAUAACGCGUCCAAUCCCCGCCAUCGCCACUCGCUUCCUCGCCUAACGCCAGAACACUCUGCUACCUGCCCUAAGCACACGGGGCCCCUCUCACGACGAUGUGUCGGGAGGAGGGUGAAGGGUGAGUGAAUUGCAGAGAUACGAAGACAAAAAUGAAGAAAAUAAUAAGGAAGAAUAUUUUCGACGGAGCUAUCCGUGUCACAAGAGGCCUCCCCAGUUCAAUUACCAGGAAAUAUCACAGUUCAAUGUCGUAAGUCAUGAAGUACUUACAAACGAAUCAAAUUUCGCAG